AUGAGAAUAAGAGGUAACGACGUCAUUGAUGAAGCGGCCACUCAACUCAGUUUCAUCCUUGAUGUAUUGAAUCUAGCUGUUGACACAUCAGUCGGAGAAAGCAUACAAGCGGCGGCGACUAAUCUCUUCCUCGAUCAUGUACAGACUUCCACGCUUAGCACCAAUAUCUAUAAUACAUGGUUUGCUGAUAGGUUACAGAAAAUCAUUGAUUUCAUUAUUAUACCCAACAUUAUUCUGAGAGAUGAGGACAUAAUCUUUUUUGAGAGAAAUUAUAUAGAAUUCAUCAGGUUCUGGGAUAUGGAAGGGAGUGAAGUCGACUCUCGGAGAAGGGAUGCCUGUGGGCUUCUCAAAGGGGCUAUUCUCAAUUUUAUGAAACCGGUCACUGGCAUGAUCAUGGAUAAGAUAGAUCGCAUUCUGGGCAUCAUCUUUCCUCAGAACCUAGUUGCAGAUUGGAAGUUCAGAGAGUAUGCCUUAUUUUUGCUUGGUUUCCUCACUUCCCAACUCGGUGGUUAUAUCGAUAAGUACUUUGGACCAUUCAUUUCCGAAUUGUAUGAGGAUAUUAACAGUUUCCCCAUACUAAGGGCAGGUGCUUUAAGGUGUUUCGUUGUGUUUCGACAUAAGCUUCCAAAGCUAGUUGUGACUAGCUCAGUUCCUCUUCUGUUACGUUUUCUGGAUUCUGAAUCAAUUGUUGUUCGUUCUUGUGUUGCUGAUUGUUUUGAAAAGCUUUUGCUGAUGAAGAAAGAAGUGGGAGAGAAGCUUGAGGACGACAAGGAGCAAAAUCGGUUUUAUGAACCAUUGUCGCUCCAUGAGUCUCUCUUCCAUGCUCUUAAAUUGCCAGAAUCUGAUGAUAAUCUUUAUAUCAUGAAGUGUAUAAUGCGGUCUCUCCAAGUUUCUUCCCCUACGAAUGCGUCCUGUGAUAUUGAUGCUUAUGAAUUGGGUUCCAUUUUGAGAGAUCUUUCCAAUGAGCCAAAGAAUCCCAACUUCAUCACUUAUUUGUUUCAAGGCUUCUUCCAGCAUCUCCUUUUUUCUGAAACAUGGCAGCGUUCUCCAGUCACUUUGUGGCUUCUUAAGGCCGGCUUUCAGAAGAAACACAAAGAACUACUUGAAGCCGAUUGGUUGGAAAAAUUAAUUGAGAUGCUUGUCUUACUCUCGACCUUAGAUGACAGGGGAGGCUACGGUCUCUGCAUUCUUAUACUGAAUCUCAAAUAUCAUCAUAUUCAAUAUUUGGUCUUUAAUUCCAUGGAUGCAGCGUCAGGAAGUGAGAAUUCGGAGUUCGUGGUAGAGGUAACCAAGCCAUUGAUGAAGCGGCCACUCAGUCUAGCUGUUGACACAUCUGUCAGAGAAAGCAUACAAGCGGUGGUGGCUAAUCUCUUCCUCGAUCAUGUACAGACUCCCAUGCUUAGCACCAGUAUCUACAAUGCUUGGUUUGCUGAGAGGUUACAGAAAAUCAUUGAUUUCAUUAUUAUACCCAACAUCAUUCUGAGAGAUGAGGACAUAAUCUUUUCUGAGAGAAAUUAUAUAGAAUUCAUUGGGUUUCGGGAUAUGGAAGGGAGUGAUGUCGACUCUCGGAGAAGGGAUGCCUGUGAGCUUCCCUUCUCAAUUUUGAGAAGCCGGUCACUGGCAUGA